CAUCGUCUGCUGGUUCUUUUUGUCUGUUUUUUCGCUUUGAAGUCUGUCGCGCAGGAUCGCAUAUCUACAUUAUUGCAUUCUAGCUGAGCCAUUGUCUCCUGUGCGCCUACGAACACAGCAGGAUUCCAGACAGAAAAAAAUAAGACGAAUACCAGCGAUACCAAAGUAUCAACCACACCACCUGUCUUCAUCUUUCACCGCGAAGCAAACGGAGCUCUCAGCUCACACAUGCCAUCAUGCCAACAUGCAACACAACUUUGACCGAUGAAAUAAUCGAGGAGACACCGCUGUUCAACUCAGUAAAAUUUCACCACAUUGGCUUGAUUGUUUCCGCCGUCUUUGGUUUGAUAGCCGUUGUGGUAGCACUAUGGCUCAUGAUGCAACAUGCCUGGCAUUACUCCGUACCAACCGAGCAAAGACAUAUAAUCCGCAUUCUGUUCAUGAUACCUAUCUACGCGACCGUAUCGUUCCUUUCAUACCUGUUCUAUCGACAUGCGAUAUACUUCGAGGUGCUUCGAGACUGUUAUGAAGCAUUUGCCAUAGCCAGCUUUUUCGCCCUGCUGUGCAACUACCUAGCCCCAAAUCUACACGAUCAGAAGGAGUAUUUCCGGUCGAUUACACCCAAGAACUGGCUAUUUCCUUUGACAUGGGUUCAAAAGUGCACUGGAGGGCAAGAGAAAGGGCCAUUCCGUGUCCCGAAGAGUGGUCUGACGUGGUUCAAUGUAAUUUGGGUCAGUGUCUUCCAAUAUUGUUUCAUCCGGGUUUUCUUUACCGUCGUCUCAGUCGUCACUCAAGUCGGGGGCCGAUAUUGCGAAUCAUCCCUGAAUCCAGCAUUCGCGCAUGUCUGGGUCAUGGUGUUUGAAGGAGUUGCAGUCACUAUAGCGAUGUACGCCUUGAUUCAGUUUUACUACCAGCUGAAACCGGACAUCGCGGAUCAUCGACCGUUACUCAAAAUCCUGUCCAUCAAGCUAGUCAUUUUCUUCAGUUUCUGGCAGACUAUUGUCAUCAACUUUCUGGUCAGUUCUGGCGCUUGGAAACCAAGCGACACAAUCGAUUAUCCCGACAUCAAAGUAGGAAUUCCCAGCAUGCUGCUUUGUAUUGAAAUGGCUUUGUUCGCUGUGCUGCAUAUCUGGUCCUUUUCUUGGAAAGAAUAUGACCUAUCGCACAAGACCGACGACACCUUUACCGACGGCACCUCUGAAUCUGCACCGAAAAGCUCUUAUCAGGGCGGCCCACUGGGCAUAAAAGCUCUCCUGGACGCAUUUAACCCGUGGGAUCUCGUCAAGUCGACUGGACGGGGCUUCAGGUGGCUCUUUGUUGGUGCUCGCAAGCGCCAUCACGAUGUCAGUUACCAAAAAGGCACCCAUCUCGGUAAUCUGAACGGCAGCGAGCCACAAUACACAGGCAUCACGUUUGCAGGCAAUGGGGAGCCUGCCAACAGCUUAUACCACCCGAGUAACACGGGCUACGAAUCAUACAAGGAGCAACGGACGUAUGGAGGUCUGCAAGGGCGAGAAGACGACAAUGCAGGAUUAUUAUCUCAUGCGCAGGCGCAACCAACAAAUCCUUACACCGGCGUGUAUUCGAAUACAACGCACCCAGACAGCCUACCUUCGAAUCCAACUCCAGCAUCAGCAACAUAUCGACCAGCCCAACCACAAAGAACUUUCUCGUACGAGUCGAAUUCGGGGUACGAGCAAGUCACGCUGUCGGGUCCAGGACAACCACAUCAUCCACAAUCUAACGACUGGAAUGUGUUUGGCGGAGUGGGCCAAGCUCGGUAAUCCACGUAGCGAUCUUUGGUUUGCAACAGGCGUUCACAUUGGCAGUUUGGGGCGUUAUGUUUCAAAAUGAUGACGAUAUACCAGGAAGUUGCGUAUACCAUUUGGACACUAGGUAGAGCAAGUAUCAAAUAGAGGCUUGAUGAGGAGGCGUUUUGUCUUGCAUGGACUUCUGUAUCAUAAUAUUGAUCUCUACGGAGGCCAGACGGCCCACUCGUCGUAUCACGAUAUGACAUUGGGAUCAUCAGGGCAGCUGUGCUACUAGAAGCGCGGCGUGGCAUAUACAUAGUUUGCUUGAAUUGACAGGU